AUGAAUUAUAGUUUGAAAAUUUUAAACUUGAGAAAAUUCCCGAUUUUUCCCUACCAGAUUCUUUCUUUGAACUCCGCUGCAAAAUGGAUUGUAAAAAAUACACUCGUGAGUAAUGAAAGCCUCACUCCACAAAUCAAACUUCGACUUAUCACAAUUGCGAGUCCGUUAUGGAUGAGCACACCAGAAGCUUGUCCGUUACCAGAUCCAUAUUGGGCAUUUUAUUGGCCAGGUGGUCAAGGCCUAACUAGAUAUAUUCUGGAUAAUCCAGAAGUUUUCAAAGAUUCGAGGAUUCUAGAUUUCGGAGCAGGUUGUGGCUCAGCGUCAAUUGCCGCAACUCAAGUUGGAGCCGGAAGAAUUCUCGCAAAUGAUAUUGAUAAAUGUAAGCGAAUUUUUCGGAAUGAAAACAAUUACAGACAAAUUUGCAGAUGCCUUAUUGUCCACAAAGCUAAACUUCAAAUUGAAUCAAAUAUCCGACUCAAAAAUCGAAUAUUCUUCCGAAAACUUCCUCGAAAAUCAGAAAAAUCUGCUGGAAUUUUUCAAGAAUUCGGAAAACAAUUAUAUCCUGUUAGGCGAUAUGUUCUACGAUUCUGAUUUUGCUGAAAUCGUAUUCUCAAGCUUGAAAAAAGUCCAGGGAUCGAGCCGGAAUUUGAGGAUUUUAGUUGGCGAUCCAGACAGACAUCCGUUGGCUGAAAAUGAUUAUCUGAAACGCUACAAAACAAAGUUCAGCAAAACCAAACUCUUCGAAUAUCAAUUACCAGGAUACGUGAUCAAAGAACAUUACGGUUUCAAUACUGCCAAAAUCUUUGAACUCCAGUUUUAGAAUGAAAUUAUAAUAUUUUGUGUAGUUCUUUUGGAAUUGGCAACACUCCAAAAGAGAGAUAAGAGCUUGACAAACAAAUUGAUUAGUUCAGUUUCUAUGUCAAACCCUCGUAAUUUUUGCAUAUAUUUUUCGGAACACGAUGAAAAUGAGCCCAAAAUUCUAACAUUUUUCGAGCACAUUUGGCGAUUUUUCGACGUAUUUUUACUGGAAAUCAGAAGCGAGCUGGAAAUCGACUAUACACCAAAAAUCAAAUGUAUCCAGAUUUUUUAAACUAUUUUUAAGUGUAGAAAUUUUAGGAGUGAUUUUCAGAUUGCUUCGAAAAUUCGGAAAUCGAAAAAAUCCGAGGUGGCGAGGAUUUCGAACAUUUCGUGGACAAAAUCCGGCAAAUCAAAGAUGAAAAUGAGGAAAUUGUGAUAAUUUUGGAGAAUCCGGAGAAGAAUGAUGAGAAUUCUAAAGGGGAAAAUUUGGAAGAAAGUCCGAUUUUUCCAUCCUCUUUACAACGUGGCAAAUAUGUGGGAGAUGGGGUUCAUGGAACUGUUAGAAUGUGAGUCUGAACAAGAAUUUUUGAGGAAAAAUAUUGAACAUUUGAUGAGAAAUAGGUCCUGGAACGAUUUCUAAAUCUAAAUGGGUCUCGAAACGAUUUUUUAUCUGAAAAUUGCGAAAAAUAGAUUAUGAGACGUUUCAGAGCUCAAAAAUGAACCCUGGAGCGAUUUUCAGCUGAAAAAUGUGUCCAGGGGCGGUUUAGAGCUCGAAACUUAUGAAAAUUGGAUCUGGUCUGAUUUUCGACUCAAAAAUGGGUCUCGGCACGAUUUUGCACAUGAAAAUGGGUCCUGAAGCGAUCGAAUUUUUUAAAUCUGAAAUUCCAGACAAAAAUUUAUAAAUUUAUUGGAAUGAAAUUCCAAAAAAAAUUUCACGUGAAAAAUGUGCCACGUGUUUUCAAUAAUUUCAUUUCCACAUUUCAAAUUCAGGGGCUUCCACGAAAAAUCGCAAAAAUGGUACGUGAUCAAAACAAUUCUAUCAACGAGUCAAAAUUCAUCACACGAAGCAAUUCAAAAAGAGAUUUUGGCUUAUAAAGAAUGUUCGAAAUGCGAAUUCGUCGUUGAUUAUUUCGGUUGUGAAGUUGGAGAAAAGAAAAAGGAAUUGGUGCUGGAAUAUAUGGAUAAAGGAGAUUUGAGAGCUUUUGGAGUUUUGCCAGUCGAAAUUCAUCAACAAGUUGGAUUGGCGUUGAUUCGAGGAUUGAAACAUAUUUGGAAAAGUGGACCCGGAUAUAUUCAUAGAGGUGAGAGAUUUGGUUGAAAAUAGAGAUGCUGACAAUUUUUUGUUGUUAGGAUUAAAUUUUGGAAACGGGAACAGUUCCUUUGAAAAUUAUUGAUUUUAUAAAAAAUAGGCUUUUGGGAAUUUUUUUUUUGAAAAUUUAAAUUUUUUUGAAACGAGUUCUUUUCAAGGUAAACCUAACAAACGCUGAGAACAUGAACAAAAUUUAAAUUUUCAAAUAUGAAUUUUUUGAAACAGUGAAGUUUUCGAAGAUUUUUGAAUUUGAAAUUUACAUCAGGUUUUUGAAUUUGAAAAAUUGAAAUUUUUUGAGAAAAAAUACCUGAAAUUAUGAAUUUGUUUAGAAAAUUUGCUGAAACACAAAAAAUACCAAUUUUCCCCCGAAAAUCCCAAUAUUUUCCAAGAAUCUCAAGUCUACCUGGGAGUAUUUUGAAAUGCAGUAUUAUCUGGAAAUUUUCAGAUUAUCUGGAAUUAUUUUUACAAAGAAAAACACACCCACUGAAAUCUUAGUAAUUAGCUAAUUACCUUGUGGGAUUUUUGGGAAUUUCAGAUUAAUUUAAUGAAUAAGUCCAGAUUACUGUAGCCAUUGAAAUUUGAAGACUUUUUCCAGAAAUCCCUGAAUUUUCAGCUUCAAAAACACCCACAGAUUUUUCAACCCAAAUUAAUUAGCAAAGUAAUCCUUAGGGAUUUUCCAAAUUCUCAAAAUUCAUAAACAAAAAGUGCUCUCUAUCUACAGUACCCCUCAUCCUAGAUAAAAUCUAUUUUCAGACAUCAAACCAGAAAACAUUCUGUGUAAUUCUUCCGGAUUUAUAAAAAUCUCUGAUUUCGGAGCGGCCAAGCGAAUUGAUAACACAUAUAAAAUUGCGUCAUCUGCAGCUGGAACUCUUUUUUAUCAAGCACCCGAACAACAAUUGGGAAUGGAUUAUAGGUACGGUAGAUUAAAGGAACAUGGGUCCUGAGGGGAAGAUUUUUGAGGAUCAAAAUUUGGGUGAAAACCUGAAAAGAGAUCCACGUGGCAUAGGGAUUAAGAGUACUGUAUUUAAAAGGAACAAAAUUUUGGUGCCAAAAAAUCCACGUGGCAAUUUUUCAUCAUUAUUUGUUUUUUUUUGCAGUGAAAAAGUGGAUGUUUGGUGUUUCGGUCUAACAUUGUGGGAACUUGCGAUUGGCCCGAAUUUGGAAGAUUAUUAUAAUAGUAUUUCUGAUGGUUCGGAUGAUGUUCAUGUUCCGAUUAUUGAUGGAUUUCCGACGAGUUUGGUCACAUUGAUCAGGAAUUGGUGGGUUUUGAGUUAUCAGCGGAGUGUUGUAGUUUUUUUUUUAAUUUUUGGAAAAUUUUAGUUGUGACGUGGCAACGUAUUUUGUACACUUUCUUUUUUUCAAAAUCUUGUGAUAUAUCGAAAUUCUAUGAAGCGAUUUAAUUUGAUUUACCUUUCUCAGAAACCUGCGAUAAUUAAAUUUAUUCAAAAAAAAUACGAACUCUGCUCUUCUCGAGUUUGCCACGUCAUAACUUUUUUCACAGUAGGUUUCAUCGAUUUCUGACUACACGAUGUUUUUCAGCGGGUCAAAAUUAGUCUGUAGAAAAUUCAGAGGAAUAAUUAUUUUUCGACUUCGCAGAAUAACUUCCAGCGUAAUCCAGCGGAGUGUCGUAGUUUUUUUUUUCAAUUUUUCAAAAUUUUCCCACUCAAAAAUUUUUUUGGUGACUAAUUUGGCCUGUCAGAUUUCAAAAAAAAAUUUUUUUUUGAAAAAGUUAUGACGUGGCAAAAUUCGCUCCCCAGAUUUUCGCUGUUUUCUGAUAUUUCUUCUCGCUCUCAAAUCCUAAUUAAAAUGAUAGGCUAUAAUCGGAUUUUCUCAUUUUUCACAGCCUUCGUCGAUCACCGGCUCAACGUUGGAAUGAGCAACAAAUUGAAUCAUGCGAUUAUUUGAAAAAUGUGCAAAUUGACCGAGAUUUGAUGCAAAGCUUUUUGAAUAAAUUUUGA